ACCACUACGAUUUCUCACAAAAAGACGUAAUAAUCUACAAAACAUUACAUAUGGAUGGGAAGCUAGGUUAUAUAAAAUAUGUGACUAUUGAACCUUAAGUUUCGUUUAAGCCAGUAUCACAGUGAAUCAGCAAGUAUAAUAACAUCCGGAUUAUGCGUUGUGUAUGAUACGAAAAACAUAGGCCACAACAAUACUGCAAGCAACUUUCCAUAUGAACUGAUCAGAAGAUACCCUAACAUGUCGGAGCUGCAUUCUACGAUAUGUCUCUGUCUAGUUUUCUUCAUUUUUCUUUUUCCUUUGGCUUCAGCUGAUUGCAUUGGUCUGGAUCUGGGAAUGGAAAAUGGAGCAAUUCCAGACAAUAAAAUAGCAGCUACAUCUGAACUAAGUGCUGCCAAGAAUGGUCGACUAAACUACACAUCAGGAUCAUCAUGGUGUGCAUGACCAAGUGAUACUAACCCAUAUCUACAGGUUGAUCUACAGACACUUUAUAUUAUCUGUGCUGUGUCCACUCAAGGUCAUUCUCAAGCAGAUCAUUGGGUGAAAAACUAUACACUUCAAUUCUCCAAUGAUGGGAAAACUUGGAUGGUCUACAGAGAAGGCGGACAAAUUAAGACCUUUCAGGGAAAUAGUGACAGAGCUUCAGAGGUGAAGCAUGUUCUUUAUGAAAGUGUUGAAGCACACCACCUGCGAGUCUUGCCAAAUGCAUACUAUGGUGCUGUGUGUAUGAGAAUGGAAGUGUUUGGUGUCAAGCAAAAACCAAAGAAUUUUGCCCUUGGGAAAGCCACCCUUCAGUCUUCAACAUUUAACAAUACUCAGUUGGGUGUGUCAGGUGUGUCAGAGAAAGCAGUAGAUGGUAAUUCUGAUACUGAAUUUAGAAAUGGAAGCUGUGCACAUACUCAGUCAAGCUAUCCAAGCUGGUGGAGAGUUGAUCUGGGUUCAGAUAAGGUUCCAGUCUCUGACAUAUUCAUAGUCAACAGAUUUUCAUCAAUUACUAGUCUGAUGGCCAGAAGCAAAAAUUAUAAUAUUACUCUGGGUAACAACCCAGUAGUAGUAAACAACCCUCAGUGUCAAGGAUUCUACAGUUUUGUUAACUUCAAAGCAUCAGCUGUUUGUUUUACCAAUCCACUGACAACUGGUAGAUAUGUAGGGAUAUCAACAGUAAGGGCACAAUUUCUUGAACUCUGUGAGGUGGAAAUCUAUUUUCGAGACAAUCUUGCAUUUGGAAAGCAAACAGAUCAAAGUAGUGUAAGUUUUGGUGGUUUAAGUAGCAGGACAGUAGAUGGUAUCAGUAACACAGACUAUUACGCUAACAGCUGUACCCACACCGACAGAGAAUACAACCCUUGGUGGAGAGUUGACUUGGGACAAGUUGAACAAGUUUCAGAAGUAUACCUAGUCAACCAAGAAAAUGAAUGGUUUUUUAGGCAGGAUAAUUUUGAGAUCAGAGUUGGCACAGUAUCUAAUAACGGAGGAAUUACCAAUCCCAAGUGUGGUGAUAGACAGAGUUAUAGCCUUCCAAGAGGAAAAGGUGUAUCCUUUUUCUGUCGUCCUGCAUUAUUUGGAAGAUAUGUGACAAUAAGAAGCUUAAGAACUGACCUUGAACACUUUACACUUUGUGAAGUUGAAGUUUAUUCUGAAAGGAGAGCUUGCCAAAUGCAGGCCAUUGGUGUGGCUAGCACGUACACACUUGCUGAUGCCAGCUUCUCAGCAUCAACUGAAAGAACAAAUUUUGAAGCUGUUAGAGGUCGACUGAAUGCAUAUAAGGGAUGGUCACCCGGCACAAAUGACAGAUCUGAUGAUUAUCUGCAAGUUGAUCUGUGGUAUGAGUUUCUUAUUUGUGCUGUUGCUACUCAAGGGAGGUCAACUUCUGAUGAUUGGACAACAGAGUACAAGUUACAGCUAUCCUUGGAUGGUUCCACUUUUGUGGUCUACAAGGAAAACAAUGUCGAUAAGAUUUUCCAUGGCAAUUCUGGAAGACAUGAAAUUGUCAAACACAAUCUCAGAAAUGCAAGGGCAAGGUUCAUCCGUUUCCAGCCUGUCAAGUUUGUUAGAAACAAAGCUUUGAGAGUAGAGGUGUAUGGAGUUCUUAUAUCUAGAGUUCCCUCACAAGCACCUAGUGACUUGAAUUUAUCUGCGACCUCAUCCACAAGUAUUACAGCAACCUGGCAAUUACCUCCCUCGUAUUCCAGACAUGGAAUCAUUGCAGGAUUCAAAUUGUUAUACAAAAAGAAAGGGCUUAUGGAGUCAAUACAUGUGGUCACUAUCAAUGGUGGAACAGCCCUUUCAGGAGUUAUUAAUGGUCUGGAUAAGUAUACAGAGUAUACAAUGUUGGCUUUUACAUCUCAUGGUGAUGGACCUAAGAGUUCUGUGGUGGUGGAAAGAACAAUGGAAGAUGAGCUUAAUGGUGGCCCAGCUGAUGUGUUUUCUGCUCAUGUGAACAAGACCACCUUAAACAUUUCAUGGGCACCUCUUCCAAGAGAACAGAGUAAUGGCGGCAUCAUUCUGUAUGACGUCAAAGAAGAAUUGUUAUCAAGGGGAAAACGACUGAAAAAAUCACCUCUAAGCAGCAAAACAUUUAAUACAACAAACACUUUCAUUUUAUUGAGGGGAUUAUUACUUUGUUCGCAAUACCAAGUGUCUGUUCGAGCUUAUACCAAAGUAGGUCCUGGCCCAUAUGGUCCACCUGUAAAACUGCCGAGAACGACAGACCCAGGAACACCUUGGGGUCUGAGUACUUCAAAUGUUGGAACAACGCGAGUGAGCCUGGAAUGGAAAGAACCUGAGCUAACUACGAGAGAAGGCAUUAGUUAUAGGGUAAAGUAUCUCGGAACAAAGCUUUACAAUGAAAGCUUCAGAGAGGAAGGUGUCCAAGAAGUUGGCAGUUCCACCUCUUACACCAUGAAAGGUUUAGUUCCAGGCUCUACCUUCGAGUUUCAGGUUUUCGUGAGCUCUGUAUGUGGAUUCGGAGAACCCAGAAGGUUUCCUAAUAGGAUCGAAACAAAGAUGACAGCUCCAAUGGCCCCAUUUGUACCUCAGUGGACUAAUAUGGAGGUCUCGGAGUUGUCGGUCGAAAUUAACCUCUGGCCUGUAGAGCAAAGAAAUGGUCCAGUAAGUGCCUAUCAGGUAAUUGUCUUUAAAGUCUCUGAUUGUGCUCAAGACUUGAAUAGAAACAACACGAACUUUUGUCCAUUUUACGUUGCUGCGGAGUUGAAAAAUAACCCUGUCCAUGAGAAGUCUUGGAAGUUUACUGUUGGUGACGGGAAAUCGUAUGGAGCCUUUGUUAACAAUGAACUGACAAGGGGAGAAGAUUACAUUGUAUACCAAAGAGCCUUAACCGAUUACAACAGUCAAAUUUUAGAAGGAGAUGUCAGCAAAAUCGCCAUGAUUUCUAUUAAACCAGGUAAUAUAACUUAGGACACCAAAGGAGAAAGCUCUGAAAGCCGAGUACUUUUCGCUGCUGUCAUCGCCCUUUCUUCUAUUGUUUUUUUCUCUCUUAUUGUGAACGGUACCCUAAUAUGGCGGUUAAGACGAGCCGAGCCUAACAAUAGAACAACCAUAGUAAACAAUGGUAUCCCUGUCCCAUCUGGUGUUCAUCAAGCAUCAGAACCUGGUGUUUAUAUGGAGCUGCAACCCAGGCCUUCUGACGGGCAGCCACGUGAACCACCUGAAUACCAGUCACUGGACGACAGACGGGUGACCCAAGAUUACUACAAUAUGGGAGUUUCAGAAGAAAGCUUGGACGAGAAGGGAGAAGUUUAUGAAAAUGUGGAGUGA